AUCCUAACCAUUAAUAUGCUGUUUCUCUCGCUUCGUCUCUUUCUCUCUUCCACUCACCGCGAGCUGCUGCUGUAUUCUCCGAGCCGCUGCAAUGUCAACUGAACUUUUCAGUAAGCAGAAAACCAUCGAUCUGAGGAAGAAACAUAUUGGUCCCUCCUGCAAGGUUUUCUUCAGCAAUGAUCCCAUCAAGAUUGUCCGAGCUAGGGGUCAGUACAUGUACAGUGAAAAAGGCGAGCAGUAUCUGGACUGCAUCAACAAUGUCGCUCAUGUGGGCCACAGUCACCCAGAAGUUGUCCAUGCUGGAGCGAAGCAGAUGGAGUUAUUGAAUACCAAUUCACGCUACCUUCAUGACAACCUUGUCCAAUACGCACAGCGCCUUCAAGCCACCCUGCCUGAAAAGCUCUCAGUCUGCUACUUUACCAACUCAGGGUCUGAGGCCAAUGACCUGGCUUUGAGACUGGCUUGGCAGUACACUGGCCACAAAGACAUCAUCACACUGGACAAUGCCUAUCAUGGACAUGUGUCGUCACUCAUUGAUAUCAGUCCUUACAAGUUUCACCAGCUGGGACAGAGUGAGCAAAGCCAACAUGUGCAUGUGGCUCCAAGUCCAGACAUCUACAGAGGGAAAUACAGGGAAGACCAUGCCGACCCUGCUACUGCAUAUGCAGAUGAAGUUCAAGACAUAAUUGAAAAAGCUCAUGCUAAAGGACAUAAGAUUGCUGCUUUCAUUGCUGAGUCACUGCAGAGUUGUGGAGGGCAGGUCGUUCCUCCAGUGGGCUACUUCCAGAAAGUGGCACAACAUGUGAGAAAGGCUGGAGGCGUGUUCAUUGCUGAUGAGGUUCAGGUCGGCUUUGGAAGAGUAGGCUCCCAUUUUUGGGCCUUUCAGCUACAAGGGGAAGACUUCAUACCUGAUAUUGUCACUAUGGGUAAACCGAUAGGGAACGGACAUCCAAUGUCCUGUGUGGUGACCACCAGAGCAGUGGCUGAAGGCUUCAUGUCAUCUGGAAUGGAGUACUUUAACACAUUUGGUGGCAAUCCUGUAUCCUGUGCUAUUGGGCUAGCUGUACUGGAUGUGAUUGAGAAGGAGGAUCUUCAAGGGAAUGCCCUGCGUGUAGGGAGAUACCUGACAGACCUGCUAGAGAAACUGAAACAAAAACAUCCCUUAGUGGGAGACGUCAGAGGUUGUGGCCUUUUUGUCGGGGUGGAGCUGGUGAAAGAUCGGCUUAAUAGAACCCCUGCAACAGCUGAAGCUCAAGAUGUCAUAUAUAGACUGAAGGAUCAGCAAGUUUUGUUAAGUGCAGAUGGACCACACCGUAACGUCCUGAAGUUUAAACCACCAAUGUGCUUCUCCAGAGAGGAUGCCGACUUGGCAGUUGGAAAAAUUGACCAGAUUCUAACAGACCUUGAAAAUGCUUUGGGCCUUCAUAUAUCUGACACUACAGACCCUACAAAUGCACAAAACAAGCGCAAGGAAUCAGUCGAGGAAAAUGGCUAUGAUAUACAUUCAGGUGGCAACCAUAAUAUCACUAAGACAAAGCCUAACAAAAAACAAAGAACAUAACAAACCUUGUCCUUUUUUAAAAAACAUUAUAUAAUACAUUGGGGUGAGUCCAGGUCUAAAUGCAACCUACGGAUCCUCUCUUGAUGUAUACAAUCCAAUUUUUCCUUUCACCAGAUGGUGACAGCAGACUGUGUUAUCACAGCUGACCUACAGUAAUUGCAAAUCUUUUUUUUCUUGACUAAAUCUGCAGAUUAAUUUGUGUGAUUGCACAAUGAUCACAUUAUUGUUGUUCUUAAGUAUGAUCUUUAAGCCACCUGAGUAUGUUGCUGCUAGUGCCUUUGACAUCUCCACACCCUACCAGAAACCAGUAGUUCUGGUGUAAAAAUUGUUUCAAUCAGUGCGUCCUGCCGUUCUUUUGUUACUGCCUUUUUUUAUUAUUAUUUUUGUCCCAUUAUGAUGUUACUCAUUCUGUCAACAUUAUCUGCUGUGAAGCAAACAUAAUUUGCAUUUUAUUAUAGAAAUGUAUCUUUAGAUAGCUAAAUGGGAUGAAGUCAUGGCUUGACUUUUGGUACAGACAAAUAGUGCAAAGGUAACAGAGAAAGAAGCAAAUUGGAAACAAAAAUAUUUUUUCACCAAGAGCCAUGGCAGAUGUGUGCCUCACAUGUUGAGACUGGAGCAGUAAUUAAGGAUUUUAUGUCAUAUGACAUUUUAUAAGUAAUGAAGAAUUAUGAGUAAUGCAAAACAAAUUUAGACGAUAAGAGAGCAAUGAAUCUGAAUAGUUAAAGCUAACCUGGUAGAUAAUUAGAGAAAUAGGGAACGUUAGCAAUGUAGGAGCCAUGCUUUUACAACAACUAAGCAUUGAGAAUUUUUCCUGUGCUAUUUAAAGAGUAUAGUCAAUGUCAUUUAUCUUAAUGAGGAACAUAAAUUUUAAAAUAUAUAAUUUUGCCUGUCACAAUUACAGUGUUUAUGGCAUACCAUGCUGCAAUACUUCCUCUAAAAUAUAAUUCAGAUUGCUGUUG